CGCGGGGAUCGGGCUGCGCAGGGGCGUUUUUGUGUUUUCCGGUGGUUUUUUCUUCUUUUUCUUUCUUUCGUUUUUUUUCUUUUUUGAGAGCGUGAGUGAGGCGGUCGUCGAGACCCGAGCAGGAGGAAGAUGUCAAACGUGCGAGUGUCGAACGGGAGCCCCAGCCUGGAGCGGAUGGACGCCCGGCAGGCGGAGCACCCUAAGCCCUCCGCCUGCAGAAACCUCUUCGGCCCCGUGAAUCACGAAGAGUUAACCCGGGACUUGGAGAAGCACUGCAGAGACAUGGAAGAGGCGAGCCAGCGCAAGUGGAAUUUCGAUUUUCAGAAUCACAAGCCCCUGGAGGGUAAAUACGAGUGGCAGGAGGUGGAAAAGGGCAGUUUGCCCGAGUUCUACUACAGACCCCCGCGGCCCCCCAAAGGCGCGGGCAAGGUGCCGCCGCAGGAGGGCCAGGAUGUCAGCGGGAUCCGCCAGGCGGUGCCUUUAAUUGGGUCUCAGGCAAACUCAGAGGACACGCACUUGGUAGACCCAAAGCCUGACCCGUCAGACAGCCAGACGGGGUUAGCUGAGCAGUGCUCAGGCAUCAGGAAGCGACCUGCCACAGACGAUUCUUCUCCUCAAAACAAAAGAGCCAACAGAACAGAAGAAAACGUUUCAGACGGUUCCCCCAACGCAGGUUCUGUGGAGCAGACGCCCAAGAAGCCUGGCCUCCGAAGACGUCAAACGUAAACAACUCGAGUUAAGAAUAUGUUUCCUUCUUUAUCAGCUACCUGACCGCUUGAUGAAGCAAGGAAGAUAUACAUGAAAAAAUUUAAAUACAUAUCGCUGACUCCAUGGAAUGGACACCCUGUAUGAGCACUGAAAGCAACAACACAAUAACACUAAAAUUUUAGGCACUCUUAAAUGACCUGCCUCUAAAAGCAUUGGAUGUAGCAUUGUGCAAUUAGGUUUUUCCUUAUUUGCUUCAUUGUACUACCUGUGUAUAUAGUUUUUGUUUUUACCUUUUAUGUAGCACAUAAACAUCGGGGAAGGGAAGGCGGGUGGGGCUGAGGAAUUGGCAGCCUCUUCAGUUUAUAACAAGGAGAAAAAUAUUUGACUUGUAUGAAGAGAAGCAAUUUUGGGGAAGGGUUGAAUUGUUUUCUUUAAAGAUGUAAUGUCCCUUUCAGUGAGAACUGAUAUUUCAUUUUUAAAAUCAUGGAAAUUUGAACACUGGGUACAAAUAGUUGCUAUUUAUUUUUACAUGAAGCUUAUUCUCAUUUGGGAGUCCUGAUUAUUCCAUUAUGUAGCAACAAAUGGCUUUUAAAAAAAUCAGAAAACUAUUCUCUUUGCUCUCCCUAAAAAUUGGAAUUUACCAGUUAAUUUUCAGCUGGUGGUAAUCACUCCAGGUAACUGGGCAAAAACCAGGCGUGUGGAGAGUUCUGAAUGCUCAAAAUUGACUAUCUAACUUUUAUAUUUGUUGAGGAAAUGUGUUAGUUUUCUUUUCACCUUGGGUGUGUACACACAGUUAGAAUAAUUCUGAAUUCCUGGAUAUUUUAAAAGACCUAAGUAACCACACACACACACACACACACACACACACACACACAAUAAUGAAAUAACUUUGAAUUUAAAACCUUGUUAUAUUUGUUAAUUUGCCCAUAGGAAAGUGGUGUUUUUAAAGGAAGGUGCAUGUAGAGAAAAGCACACUGGUAGAAUAAGUGAAAUGGAUACUACAUCUUUAAACAGUAUUUCUUCAUUGCCUGUGUAUGUGUAUGAGGCAAAACCAUUUGAAGUGUACCUGUGUACAUAACUCUGUAAAGACACUGAAAAAUUAUACUAACUUAUUUAUGUUAAAAAGAGAUUUUUUUUUUAAUCUAGACAAUAUACAAGCCAAAGUGGCAUCUUUUGUGCAUUUGUAAAUGCUGCAUUGGGUAGAGUAGGUUUUCCCCUUCUUUUGUUAAAUAAUAUGGCUAUGC